AUGGAUCAAAUUAUUGCUGAACAUCAAAUCCUUGAAAAAAAACAAAACGAUCACGUCAGAAAAUCUUUUGAAAGCGUCGACACUUUGAUUAAAGCUUUAAAUGAAACAAAUUUAACAUUACAAACAAUAGAUCCAGUGAAUUCAUUACAGGCUUUACAACUACUCUCAAAAAAAUCUAGGGAAAUAUCAGAGCAAGUUUCAUUCAAUAACAAAGAAUUUCAACGAUCAAUUGUGAAAUAUGAAAAGGCUGUGGACAAGAAAUGGAGUAAAGAUAUUACAAUAGCUAGUAAUCCUCAAGCAUUCGAUGAUAAAGAUAAAAUACUUCAGAAAACUGUUGCCUUACAUUUUAUAAGGCAAGGAAAAUUUGAAUUGGGUGAAACUUUUAUUAGGGAGGCUCAAUUGGAUAUUUCACCGGCUCUUCAACAGCAAUUUGCCACAAUGUAUGAAAUUCUUGAGGCAAUAAAAUUUCAAGAAUUAGAGCCCGCAUUAUCUUCGCUUGAAUUUCAGCUUCAUCGCCUUCGCUACAUCCAAUUUUUAAUAGACCAACAACAUAAUGAAGCAUUGAUGUACGCAAAAAAUAAUUUUAAUUAUUUUAAUAAUCGCCAUUUACAUGAAAUACAACGUCUAAUGUGUGCAUUGGCUUAUAUUAAUCGUUUACAAUCAUCGCCUUACGCUGAUUUAUUAUCUACGGACGCAUGGACAAAUAUUGAACACAUAUUCACAAGAGAUUUUUGUAAUUUAUUAGGAAUGUCAUAUGAAAGUCCACUAUUUAUAAGUGUAACAGUUGGUGCACAAGCAUUACCUACAAUUAUCAAAAUGGCGACAAUAAUGAAAGAAAAGAAGAAUGAAUGGAGUCAACAGGAUGAAUUACCAGUUAAUACAUUUCCUUUAAUGGAUGAUAUGAGAUAUCAUUCUAUUUUUGCAUGUCCUGUAUCUAAAGAACAAUCAACAGAAGAUAAUCCUCCAAUGAUGAUGCCUUGUGGUCAUGUAAUAUGUAAAGAAAGUUUAACAAAAUUAAUCGGUUUAAAUGUCCAUAUUGUCCAAGUGAAUCUAACGCAAGUCAAGCAAUGA